UUUGAAAUGAGCUUCCCCUGACGGCGUCGCUUUUGUCGACACAACACCGGACAAGAUGGCGACCAGCAAUGGUGGAGGAAUGGAAGUGGAUGGAACAGCCAGCCCCAGUGUUAUGGCCUCAGGGGUCACUGGGAGUGUUUCUGUGGCCUUACACCCUUUGGUUAUCCUCAACAUAUCAGACCACUGGAUACGCAUCCGGUCCCAGGAGGGCCGACCAAUGCAGGUGAUUGGCGCUCUGAUCGGGAAACAGGAGGGUAGAAACAUUGAGGUGAUGAACUCCUUUGAACUAAUGUCUCACACCAUAGAUGAGAAAGUGCACAUCGACAAGGAGUAUUACUACACUAAGGAGGAACAAUUUAAACAGGUCUUCAAGGAAAUGGAGUUCCUGGGUUGGUACACCACAGGUGGUCCUCCAGACCAGUCAGACAUUCAUAUCCACAAACAGGUGUGUGAGAUCAUCGAGAGCCCCCUCUUCCUCAAACUUAACCCGAUGACCAAACACACUGACCUUCCUGUUAGCGUUUAUGAAUCUGUGAUAGACAUCAUCAGUGGCGAGGCCACCAUGUUGUUUGCUGAGCUGACAUACACUUUAGCCACAGAGGAAGCAGAGAGGAUUGGUGUUGACCACGUGGCUCGAAUGACAGCCACUGGAACUGGGGAAAAUUCGACUGUGGCUGAACACCUUAUUGCCCAGCACAGCGCGAUAAAGAUGCUCCACAGCCGAGUAAAGAUCAUUCUAGAGUACGUCAAAGCAGUCGAAGCAGGAGAGGUGCCGUUCAACCACGAGAUCCUGCGAGAAGCGAACGCUCUUUGCCACAGACUGCCAGUCCUCAGCACCACAAAAUUCAAAACUGACUUCUAUGAUCAAUGUAACGACGUGGGUCUCAUGGCCUACUUAGGCACCAUCACCAAGACCUGCAACAGUAUGAACCAGUUCAUCAACAAGUUCAACGUCCUGUAUGACAGGCAGGGCAUCGGCCGCAGGAUGAGAGGACUCUUCUUUUGAGCUGACAGGGAGGCAAACACUCUUUUCUGUUCUCUCUUUUUGUUUGUGUUCCGAUCAAUUAAAUAAAAUAAAAAAAGAUUUUUACACCUUCAA